CGGGAGACGAUCGCUUGGUGGGAAACUUGCACAAUGUCGACCACUACCGUGACGACAGUACGGCCACCUGUCGACCGCGUCUCCUUCUCCUCUCUCACAAACAACAAUCUCGGGACGGCCAGGGUGCUCAACUCCACCCUCUUCCCAGUCAAGUACUCCGAAAAAUUCUAUAAGGGUAUCGUCCAACCGGAAGUCGAAGACUUUUGCAAACUCAUAUAUUAUAAUGAUAUUCCCGUUGGCACCGUCUGUUGUCGCUUUGAAGAAAUAAACAAUGAAACUAGACUGUACCUGAUGACCAUGGGCGUUCUUGCUCCAUACCGAUCUCGGAAAAUAGGCUCAAAGGCACUCCAACACGUUCUAGAUGCCGCGAAGGCGAGCGAGAAACCGAAGAUCUCAACCGUUUACCUCCAUGUUCAAUGCUCGAAUGAGGAUGCUAAACAAUUUUACGAACGCCACGGCUUUACAGAGGCCGGUCUCGCGGUUGAUUAUUAUAAGAAGAUUGAGCCGCGUGAUGCCUGGAUCCUGGAGUACAAGCUCCACACGAUAGCCGCACAAAGCGAAGACAAGCCCGUGGAGGGUCAGGACGUGUCUCCGUCUCCGGCGGCGUAGAACCGUGCGACCAUGGAUGCACAGUAUAUACUUAGGCGGAUGCUCUUCGGAGGUCGGAAUUGAAGCCAAAGAAUUCCGCUCCAUCCUGUAUCAUCACAUUUUACCAAAUCUAUACUCUUGGUUGCGGUCCCUUCGGACACGGACUACUUAUGAGUGGGCCGCCGAC